AUGUCGGACGGAAGUGAGUCUGACUCGGAAGCCGACAUAGUCGAUCUCACUUCCGAGGAUGACCUUCCAGAAGAGGUUCAAGACGAUGGAACACCUCCCGCCAUUGAGCUCGUUAUGAUGGUAGAUGGGCACGGUGAAGCGGUUAAUCAUACCGUUGAAGGGCCCGAUUCCAUUGAUUCCAUGGACAGUGGGGAAUCCGAUGUGAGCGACGAUGAGAUCGAAGACAAUGAUUCUGUCGAUAACGACCCAGACGAAGACGACGAUGGUGAGAUUGAAGACAAUGAUCCUGUCGAUAACGAAUUUGAUGACAGCGAUCCAGGUGGUGAUUCUGACGACGAUGGCGAUGACGAUGACGAUGACGAAAAUGACGGUUCUGAAGACGACGAGCCAGAUGAUGAUGCUUGGUCAGAUGCUGGAACAGAGACCGACACCGACGACGACCCAAUCAAUAACGAUGAUGUGGAAGGAGACGUUAUGCACGGUAACAAGAAUGAAAACGCAACUAUUGCGCAGUGUCUUGAGGAAGAGGGCAUCCUCAUUCCAGAGUGGAACGGUAACUGCAUCGAAACAUGUCAGCCCGGAUGGGAUGGUCUGGCAGGAGGCUUUCAGGCAUACCGAAACAUGUUUCUACAAAAGCGAAACGAAUUGGCAACCUGCAGAGCUACGAACAAGCGCAAAUUAACCAGUAAGAACCGGUCCAUUAGGCCAUUCAAGGAGGCAGUCAGAGAGUUUUACAUGGCGAAUCGAGCGAACAUCGAGUUGAACCGAGCUCUUCACAGAGAGAACGCGGCUCUUCGCCAGCUUGUCUCAGAAGAUGAUCUCGAAAACUUUCCUGAAACCGUACCUUUGCCUCUCAAUGACGUGUGGGCGGGUUUGCCUGAAGCAGUGCGAAAACAUCUGCCUCCAAGAUACAGCAAACGCUUGAGAUUGUCACGGGAGCCAGGGGCAAGACAGCGGAUUACCGAGAAAGAGUGGCCUCAGGUAUAUCUUCAAUGGAUCCAGCAUCGAUACCAUCCUGACAUCACUGGUUGGAGCGACAUUUACAAAAUUUCAUGUCGUGAAGAAAACAUGUCAUGGGCUUUCAGCCAGAUGCAGAAACCUAAGACGCACCCCGAUCUUAGACUCCGUGCUCCGACCGAUGCGGAAGAAGAGAGAGGAAUUUUGAACCGAGGCUGCACACCACUUUCUGGUUCUAAAGAGUCAAGCUCGAACGACGAAGGAGAAAUCCAGCCAUUCCCCUUCGAAGACCUUCCACGGAAGAUUCAGCUCGAGAUCCUUGCCUACGCUCUUGUCUUCCAUGGCGAUGUCGUUCACGCCAUCUCCCGGCUAGAUCCUUACUACGAGCCAGACUCAGUUCAUCGAAACUGCAAGGGUCAGAUGUCCCUUUUUCAUCGCUUUCACAUCGGAAAAGAGCCCGUGUCUCUGACAUUUGGUACUAUUCAUCCACAGUGGCUUCUCGCUCCUUUCUUGGGUCGCUUUGCGAAGAACAUUGGGUGCAAGCUGCAAAUUCUGCAACGUGUUGAGUUGCUGUGGAUCGGUUCCCAAAAGCUGACUUACGAGUUAGACGAGAAGAAGAAAUAUACAUCUCGUCGAACCCAUGACUUGGCCCAUUUCCCUGAGGCCUGUCGCCUCAAGACACUCUCGGUCCACAUCCCCGAAUCUUCACGGGAAUACAUGCGACGUAAGCAUGAACCGCGAGACAUGAUCGAAUACAUGGAAGAAAAGACGACAGCGCAGCCGAACUACCGGCCAUUCCGCGCAUUGCGCACUGUGCAGGGGCUAGAUUACCUGUACUGCCUUCGCGGUCUCCAAGGGAUAACUUUCUGGGACUACGACAAAUGGAAUGCGAAUGAUGAGAUGGUGGCGGUUCGCGACUGGACCUUCAUUCAGGAUGUGAACAACGCUGUGCGCCGGGACAAACUACCUGAUGAUGAGCAUUUUUCUAACAUUCGAAACCUGGCGCCGUUGAUGGGUUAUCGUCCCAGCGUAGCACUUGCUACGAGACUGGAAAGGUUCAUCAAUCCACCCUCUACAGGACUCUCAACACCACCACCUGAUCUGUUCCCACAGUUGCAAACUGCUGUCCAUGAUGCUGAAGAUGAAAGUGGAGAUGAAGCUACCGACGAUGAAGACUCCGAUACAAGCUCUGAACACGAUUCUGAUGGCUCUGACUCUGAUUCUGAUGACGACCUUGAUGAUGACCCUGAUUCUUAUUCUCAUCCUGAUCCUUACAUGGGCCUUGAUGCUGAUUCCGAUGCUGGUGGUAGCAAUAUGGAUCCCAUUGAUCUCACCAGCGGUGAUGAGGAUGAGGGUGAGGAUGAGGACGAGGAUAUGAAAGACGAUGAGGAUCUAAUUGAAAUACCUAACCCAGAAGCAGCCGAAAGAGCUACUAUGCCGCCUCCAGAAAUUACUAUUCGCGAAUCGGACUCCCGUGGACGAGGGGAGUCGUCUUUAUUCGUCCCAACUCCUACUCCAGAAGUCUCUCUCCGACCACCAUUCAAGAUCAAGGUGGAAACCCCAACACCACAGAGAAGUGCUCCACCAGAAAGCGCCUCAGGAAGAAAUCGCUCUGAGAGCUCCCUAUUCAUGGGCACCCCUCCUAGUCAGCCGGGUUCCGAUCCGAGAGAGGAAGGGAUAGACUGUCCUAUCGACCUUACUCAGGACUUCGAUCUGCAGCGACAAAAGAGGCCUUUUUGCUCUGGAAAUGACGAUGACGAGUAUGUCUGCACAGGGAGCUCUCCCAAGAGGGCUCGAACUGAUGAUGCUAGUGGUAUGGGAAUCGUUCCCAGAAGGGCCGCUGGGCCUUUUGUGAUCGAUGAUGAUUGA